UGACACCUGUUGUCCGCGAACCCUAGUCCGGUUCAGGCCUUUGUACAUCACCUAUGUUUUUUCUUUUCUAUUUGUUUGUUUUUUUUUAUUUAUUUUUCACGGUCGCUAAUUUUCAGUAACGAAAUAUCGUGAGUAUGCUGUAUGCCUGAUCGGUGUUCGCGAUAUGUUAGGUAGCAGACGACGAGUGAAAACGCUACCGAUCGCUGUUCGAACGUAUCCGUCGUCGGAACGCAUACGCCGAGAUGUCAUCGAGACGGGACGAAAGAAAAUACAAACACACGUCGAAAAGACACGAAGAUAUACCCAAAUUCACGGGCAAAUCUUCAUUGGUUCACCAAGCUUUGAGAAUUAAUUCAGUCAAUAUGGGCAAUCAGCCUGAGAAAUCCUGCUGUUCGUUGACAAUUAAUUGUAACAGAUUAUGGUAAAAGCCCACGAGUCAUGGAGCAUCAUGUCUCCCACAGGCGCACCGGCUCUACCACCUCGUAAACUAUCACAAACCAAUCGCCCUCAAUCUGUCGAAUCAAUUGCAACCAGACUGCAAAAUCCAUUACUAGAACCCAGUUGCAUUGAAGAAGCAGAAUGGUAUUGGGGUGACAUAACCAGAGAUGAUGUACAGGAAAAACUUACCGACAUGCCUGAUGGUACGUUUUUGGUUCGAAAUGCAUCAAAUAAGGCUGGAGAGUAUACAUUGACAUUAAGGAAAGGAGGAACCAAUAAAUUAAUAAAAAUAUAUCACAAAAAUGAAAAAUUUGGUUUUUCAGAACCUUACAGUUUUUCUUCUGUUAUUGAUCUUGUGAACCAUUAUCGUAAAGUUUCUCUGUCGCAAUAUAAUGCAACAUUAGAUGUAAAAUUAUUGUACCCUGUGUCCAGAUUUCAACAAGAUGAAGAGUUUGGUACUUGGAAAAGUUUAAAUGUUGACGUUGUGUGGAUGCGUUUGAUUGAACUACUUAAAGAUAUUUUGAAGAAAUCUAUUUCAUAUGAAGAAUUGUCUAAAGAAUUUCAGGCUGCAACUGCUGAUAUAUCAGUGAUGCGCAUGGGUCUGCAGCAGUACCAGGAAGUGAAUAGAAUGUUUGAAGAUCAACUGAGAGUACAUGAUAAAUUUCUUAAAAAAGCUGAACGCCAUGAAGCUGAUAAUCUAGUUAAAAAUAUUGAAAUAGUAAAAAAAAGAAUUAAGCUACUUCUAGAUGGCAAAGCAGUACUUGAAGAGAAAUUAUACACACAAGUGGCCUAUAGUCAGACAUUGGAGCGGCAAAUGUAUAAAUUAAAACAAGAAGGUGCAAUACUCACACGUCAAAAAGAUAAAUCAGUUCGGUGGUUAUUGACCCAUGGUGUGGCUUAUGAAGCAAUUCAUCGAGUGCUGAACGGCACUGAUUGGAAUACUUGUAAGCCUGAAGACAUUCAACUACCUCUGAACGUCUCUCAUUUAGAUGAGGGUACUUGGCUGCUUCAAUCUUGUUCACGUGCAGAUGCUGAGCGUCUGUUAAAUGGCAAGCGCAAUGGAACAUUUUUAAUACGACCCAGUCGUACAGGGCAAUCAGCAUUAUCUAUAGUUUGCAAUGGGGUCGUAAAUCAUUGUAUAGUGUAUAGAACUCCAAAAGGAUUUGGAUUUGCUGAACCUUACAAUAUAUAUUCUUCUCUGAAAGAUCUAGUCAUGCAUUAUUCUCAAACUUCCUUAGAAGAACAUAAUGAUUCUCUGACUACUACAUUAGCUUACCCCGUGUUAGCUGAAAAUGACAAAAAAUAAAUUGAGUAGU